AUGUCGCUGUUAGGCGCUGUUAGCAUGCUGACUGUUCCCAAAGUUGAGGAAAUGGACUUACAGAAUCCAAUAUGGAUUGUAAAUCUCUCCCCACAAAGGUUCCUGAAGUACCAAGCUAUAAUGGUUGAGCAAGAUGAUGUUGAAAUCAUAACCACCAACAUUAUCAACCCAGCCUCAUUUCUUGGAGGAAACCUCGGAGAACCAAUUGACCACAACUGUCUAGUGACAAUCGAAGCCACAUACACCAGCCGUACAGACCUCAAGGAUGUCCCUAUCGAUGGAGCCGAACACUGGUUCACAGAUGGAAGCAGCUAUGUACUGAACGGAAAAAGACGUUCUAGGUAUGCUGUCACAACCUCUGAAAAGACUAACCCCAAAAUUACUAAAGGACCAUGGUUAGGAAAAAUUGGGAGAGGAAAUGGUCCGGGGCAGCAUUGGCAAAUUGACUUCUCGGAACUCCCUAGAAAAGGGGGGUAUCGAUAUUUAUUGGUGCUAACAGACACCUUUUCGGGCUGGCCAGAAGCUUACCUGUGCAGGACAGCUAAGGCCCGGGAGGUAACUAAGAUGUUGCUCCAAGAAAUAAUACCUAGAUUUGGGGUCCCGGCAGUAAUAUCCUCAGAUAGAGGACCACAUUUUAUAUCUAAAGUAGUACAACAGAUCAGCCACCAUCUAGGAAUAGACUGGCAAUUACACACCCCAUAUCAACCGCAGUCAAGUGGUCAGGUGGAAAAGAUGAACCACCUGAUCAAACAGCAAAUUGUUAAAUCAGGCCAGGAAACUAAUGUGACUUGGCCUCAGGCCUUACCAUUAGCCCUUCUACGAAUCCUAACCCGGCCAAGUAAAGAAGGGCUCAGUCCAUUCAAAAUCUUAUAUGGACAACCCUAUGGAACACAGAAGGGGACAUCUGCACAAACUGGUGAAGAAUUAAUGACUUCCUAUAUGGUGGCACUGAACAAGCAGUUGAGAAAAAUCGAGAAACAUUUAACUGGGACAUGCCGUAGGGGUCUAAAUGGGCCUGUUCAUGACAUACAACCAGGAGACUAUGUGUAUGUUAAGUCUCUUACAGAAAAGACCCUGGAGCUGCAGUGGACUGGACCCUUCCAAGUGCUUCUCACCACUUACACUGCGGUCAAGGUCAAAGGACGGAAUUCCUGGAUCCAUCACACCCGAAUUAAGAAAGCCCCUGCAGCCCUGUGGAAAACAACCCCAGGUGAUGAGGGACUGAAGCUCAAAUUCACUCGAACCAAAUAA